AUGGGUUGGAAUUGCUUUGGAGUUGUGCAAUCCUACAAAAACAAUAGAAAGACUCAAGUCCAAGAGUUCACAACCAACAAUGUGAGGCUUUUUUCCUAUAACUCAUUGAGAUCAGCCACAGGUCACUUCCAUCCAUCUAACAAAAUAGGAGGCGGUGGUUUUGGAGUUGUUUAUAAGGGAGUUUUAAGAGAUGGAACUUGUAUUGCCAUUAAAUGUCUCUCUGCUGAAUCAAAACAAGGUACUAAAGAAUUCCUGACAGAGAUUAAUAUGAUUUCAAAUACCCAACAUCCAAAUCUUGUUCAGUUGAUUGGUUGUUGUGUUGAGAGUGGCAAUAGAAUGUUGAUAUAUGAAUAUUUGAAGAAUAACAGCCUUGCCAGUGCUUUACUAGGUUCUAAUGGUAAACGCGUUGCUCUGAACUGGCCUCAGAGAGUUGCUAUAUGUUUAGGUACAGCAUCUGGUUUAGCAUUUCUUCAUGAAGAAGCCUCACCAACGAUUGUUCAUCGAGAUAUUAAGGCUAGUAACAUCCUUAUAGAUGAAAACCUUCAUCCUAAAAUUGGAGAUUUUGGUCUGGCUAAGCUUUUUCCUGAAAAUGUCACUCAUCUAAGUACGCGAGUAGCAGGAACAAUGUGA